AUGAUCUCAUUACUAACACUAGUAUUGCCAGCACUUUUACACUAUAAGAUAAUGUUAGAACUUCAAUCUAAUGAUUUGGAACGUCAUAAUAAACUAAUAAUGUUUGAAAACGUACGUACGUUUUUCAAACCUGGAGCAGCCCAAAACAUUGUUAAAGAAAUUGAGAAAUACAAGUUAAAAAUAGUGGCUCUACAAAAAAUUAGAURGGAUGAUACUGGAACGUUAGAUAUAYAAGAAACAACAAUACUUUAUGGUAAAUGUAAUGAACAACGCCAGUUUGGAACUGGUUUUGCAGUACACAAAAGCUUAAUACCAAAUAAAAGGGAAUUCAAAGAUAUCAAUUCAAUAAUCUCAUUAUUGACAAUAAAAGCGCAGUUGUUCGACAUAGCUUUCAUAAAUGUGCAUGCGUUUUCCGAAGAUAAGCCGCAGGAAAAGAAGGAUGAUUUAUAUGAGUGCUUAGACUUAACAUUMAAUGCAUUACCUCAAUACAGAAUAAAAAUAGUCUUAGGUGACCUAAAUGCAAAAGUUGGUAAAGAGGCUGUAUUCAGACCAAUAAUUAGUAGUCACAGCCUGCACGAAGCUUCAAAUGAUAAUGGAUUAAAACUUAUCGAUUUUGCAUGUGGAAAUGGUCUUGUAGUGAAAAGUACAAUGUUUCCUCAUAAAAAUAUUUAUAAGGGAACAUGGAUGUCACCUGAUGGAAGACAUAUCAACCAAAUCGACCAUAUUUUAGUGAGUGCAAGAUUAAAAAACUGUAUUCAAGACAUAAGAACGAUGAGAGGAGCCGAUGGUGAUUCGGAUCACUAUCUGGUUAAAGGAAAAAUGAAAGUCAAAAUAAUAAGGAAGAAGAAGAAGAAGAAAUGUACUUUAGAUGAGGMCAUUUUUCCUGCCGUAUGGAAAACCUGUUCAGUUACAUCUGUUAAAAAUCUGAAAGACCUAGCCUAG